GUGUGUGUAUGCGCGUGCAGUCUAAUUGUGGGAGUGAGAAGUGAGCAAUGUCGGUGAGGCAAGAGACACGAGAAGAGCGAGCUGAGGCCGCCGCGAGAAAGGCCGCUGACGAGCUUGCGGCCAUCCGGAGCGAACGCGGGAGACAACGGGAGGCUGAGCACGAGCGCGAGGAAAGCCUCCGCCAGCACAAGGACUAUGGGCUGCAGGGCGGCGAGGUGCGGCGUGGCGGCGUCCUCGAGAGCAUCAAGGAGGGUACCAAGUCCCUCUUCGGAGCCAUAACCGGCCGGACGCAGGAGGCGGCGGAGAAGACCGCGGAGAAAGCAGGGGAGACCAAGGAUGCCGCCGUGCAGAAGGCAAGGGCGGUCAAGGACUCCGCUUCGCAGAAGGCGGGGGAGACGAAGGACAGGACGGUGGAGACAGCAAGAGAGACCAAGGACUCUGCGGCGGAGAAGGCGUGGGAGACGGAGGAUAAGACCAUGGGGAAGGCGGGGGGUUACAAAGACUACGUAGCAGACAAGGCGAAGGAGGCGAAGGACGCUACAGCGGAGAGGACGAGGCAGUACAAGGAGUCAGCAGAGGUGCGGGAGAGGGAGGCGCAAGACACUGCAGCAGAGAAGGCUAGGGAGUACAAAGAGUCGGCGGAGGAGAGGUUGUGGCAAGCUGCGGAGAAGACCAGGGAAACCAAGGACAUGGUCGCUGAGAAGACGAAGGGAACAACAGAAUCAGCCAAGCAGAAGAUGGAGGAGUACAAGGAUGCAGCAGCUGACGCGGCUCGCAAGGCCAGAGACUACUUGGCCGGGACAGGAGAAGUAACAAAGGAGAGGUUGGCGGAGGCAGAGGAGAAGGCGGAACAGAAGAUGGAAGAGGCCAAGCGAAAAGAGGAGCAAGGUCGAAGGGAGGAAGAGAGUAGGCAGUGGACUGAGGAGUAUGUCAUUGUUCUACAUGGUGAGAUUGGUCUCUUUCGAUCUCAUUUAAGAUUGACAGAUUUCUUGAAUGUGCAGGGGCAAAGAGGCGGGGGGAGGGGGUUUAUUUGGUGCGAUAGGGAGCAUGGCAGAGUCGAUAAAGGAGAAGCUGAGCGUCUCCAAGGAUGAGACUGAGCCCAAGGAGGAGGAGAGACUGACGGUAGUGUGUGCAACGGUAAGGGAUGCCGAGGGCGGCGACGACGAUGUACCGCUGCGGGUGAAGGAGGCGGACCAGUCGAGCGGGCAAGGGUUCAACGACGUCGGGAAGAUGGGAGAGGAGGGAACGGGGCCGCCAUCGCUUCGCCUCAGCCGCCAUGGCGAUAAGUGAGGCCCUGUAUCCUUUGUAGCGACUUGGGAAACCUGCAUUCUUGGUGUUGUUGGGCUAUGAGGUAGUCUGUCUGCGGCGAUCAGCGUUUCUACGUACUGCAGCUUUUAUGCCCCGUUGAUGUGGUUUUGCCGUCUCAUUUUGCUGCAUCUACGGCUUGACCAUGUUCAGCAAGCUUGAUUGAUACCCUAUAAGUGUCUCUCGAUACCUUAUUUUCAUUUUCAUUAUAUAUAUAUAUAUAUAUAUAUGGGAUUCGAAAAGCUUUUUCGGGAGUAGUUCAUGUUGUAUGUGAGAUUUCGAAGCACGAAAGUAGCAUGGUUUUAAAUGGAAAUCUAAGAAGUCGUACAGGCGUGUGAUCAAGAUAAUGAAGCAGAUUUUCCACUGAAAGAACUAGAAAACCAUGUGUAUACAUAAAACGUCAGGUGGCAACAAAGAACCAAACAUAAGAUCAUCCAUACACGCUAAAGCUUAAAAAGUGUCUUGGGUCAUAAUGUACCAAAAACAUCGUCAGGAUACGGAAAAGGGGAACGCAGUUGCUCCUUGCUUCUGAGACUUCUUGUUGCAUCUU